GAGGUUAUGAUUCAGCACCAUCUACCGCACAGAUUCUAAGUAUCACAUGUGUCCUUAUGAUAUUUGAUUAAAUAAUUAAUUUGAGUAUCCAUCAUAUUUUUUCGAGUAUUUGUUGUUAUUAGGCACUUUGAAUAGGCAUUCUCUCAUGCCAUUUUGCAAAUGUUCCAUGCAUCAAUGCAAAAAAUAAAAAAUAACUUGCCAUUCACCUAUGGCACCACGGAGUACUCUUAAGGUUCAGGAAUGUGAGAACAAGAAUUCACCCAUAGAAUAUAUAUUCCAUACCCAUGGCCUAUUCAAUAAUUGUAGAAAUCACACCAUAACUGAUCUGACUCUUAGGCCCAACUACUCUUGACUCAGUACCCACAAAUACCUUUCCUAACAAACGUAUCAAUUUACAAUAGAGGCACAAGGAACUACGGAUGCUGGGAUUUUGAGCAAAGCACAAAGUGCUGGAGUAAUUCAGCAGGUCACGUAGCAUGUCCGGGGGGCAUGGAUAGACGAGUCUGGAUCCUUCUUCGCGUCCUCCAGAGAUGCUGCCCGACCCGUUGAGUUACUCAGCAUGCUGUAUUUUAUGUCAAUUCACAAAACAUCAAAUUGCGCUUCCAACACGGCUUUUUUUGUUCUUCUGUUGUCAGGAUUCCCUACUGAAAUAAGCGUUGAGGAUGGGCGACUGGAAUUUCCUUGGAGGGAUUUUGGAAGAAGUACACAUCCACUCCACCAUCGUUGGGAAAAUAUGGCUGACCAUCCUAUUCAUAUUCCGCAUGCUUGUCCUGAACGUGGCCGCUGAGGAUGUGUGGAACGACGAGCAGUCAGAGUUCUUCUGCAACACCGAGCAGCCAGGGUGCCGCACCGUCUGCUACGACAAAGCUUGCCCCAUCUCCCUCAUCCGAUAUUGGGUCUUGCAGGUGAUCUUCGUGUCUUCUCCGUCCCUGGUGUACAUGGGCCACGCCCUGUACCGGCUGAGGGCGCUGGAGAAGAUGAGGCAGAAGAAGAAAGUCGAGCUGAAGGGUGAACUGGAAGAGCCGGAGACAAUGUUGGAAGAUAGGCGCAGGUUGGAACGCGAGUUGAGACAGCUGGAGCGCAGAAAGUUAAACAAAGCUCCACUGAGAGGUUCUCUUCUGCGGACCUACAUCUUGCACAUCCUCACCAGGUCCGUGUUCGAGGUGGGGUUUAUGUUGGGACAGUUUUUGCUCUACGGACUGGGAUUGGAUCCUCUGUACAAAUGCGAGCGGUUCCCCUGCCCCAACGUGGUCGAUUGCUUCGUGUCAAGACCUACAGAGAAGACCGUGUUUAUGUUGUUCAUGCUGAGUAUAGGUGACCUUUAGUGAAAUCACCCUAUUGCCGCAGUUUCCUUGUUCUUAAACAUCCUCGAAAUCAUUCACCUGGGCUGCAAGAAGAUCGAGUUGGGGCUCUUUGGCUGUUAUCCCAGACUGAAGGAGGAAGUGGGAGACCUGUACAUGAACAAAUCGCAGAAAAACUCUAGUGUUCAGCAAAUCUGUGCCGCUGUCUCUCGGCCCUCGCAACCGAUGAUGAUCCCCUCCGCCCCCAGCGGCUACGAUCUGCUGCUUGAGCAACAAGUGGAGUCCAUCAUAUAUCCGAUCUUCACACCGCCGCCUGAAUUCAAAUCGCUUCAAUGUGACCAGAAACGAUGUCAGAAAGGCGAGGAGCAAGCACCCGUGGCCAAUCAGAAAAACUCAAAUUAUAAUGCAGCCCCCAGCGCCAAUGAAGGACAAAAAAAGUCAAAUGGAUCUGAGAUUCCAAGGCAACGUAGCGAAGAGUUGGAUCACUCCAACACUGCCUCCGUUCCCGUUGGCAGUUCCACACCAAGCUCCAAUUCAGCCAGUCAGAUGGAACUAUCGACGGCCGGGUUGUUAUACCCGACCCUUCACGCAGGUAGGGCAUCAUUCACUGCAAUUUCAGCCAGCGCCAAUCGCAAGCCACGUCGAGCCAGUGCCUAUUUUAACUGCAACACAGAGGUUGAGGGCAGCGGCUCUGCCACAGAAUCCGAGCCAAGUAACAAGGGAAGAUGUGGCUUCAAUGCUACCCGGGCCAGGGCAGCUUCGAAAACAGACCUCAAACGGACCAGCAGACCUGACUCCCCUGAUUCAAUCUGUGAAUCCAGCUCAGAGUCGAAGCAUAGUGGAAACGGCGACAGUCGCCAUGCCCUCUCUCACUCACGGAGAAUGUCAUUGGCAAGUAACGCCAGCGGCAGGCGUGCUCCCACCGAUCUCCAGAUAUGAGCGUUAGUUUAAUUAAUAUCUUGUCUCUGUUCAAUACAAGAGUA